CAGCAAGAAAAUGAAGGCUGCCAGUGUGACGAUAACUAACGUGAAACACGACGACCUUGACCUUCAGCUCCGAAGGGUCAAAAGAACUUCAGCCCCUCACUUCCACACGUCUGUCAGUGUUAAUCAAUCAUCACAUAAAACUCUGGUGCUGUUUUUUGGUUGGCUCGGUGCCAAACCACAUGCCCUGGAAUGUUAUUUCAAUUUGUAUGCUGAAAAAAACAUGGACGUCUUGUACAUUCCUGACCAGGUGAAACUGUUUGUAUGGCCACCCAAUGUGGACAAAUUUUCAAAGUCCUUGAUAACUUUCCUUAUAAACAAUGAAGAAGUGAAUCUGUAUGGUAGUUUCCUAGUCCACGGUGUUUCCAUUGGUGCUUAUGUUUUCACCUGUUGUUUGAUGAAAGCGGAUCAACACUGCACACAGUUCGGUUCCUUUAUUGACAAAGUCCAUGGUGUUAUUCUUGACAGCCCAACCUAUGGAUCGAUCGAAAGAAUGAGAAAAGGAGUGGCAGAGGGGCUUAGCAAAAGUCGCAUCAUAAAGGCUGUGAUUCCAAGACUGCUGUCAGUGUAUUUCUACUUCACGUGGAAGUACACCGUGGAGUUUUUUGAGAAAGCCAUGCAUUUCUUAGAAACACAACCAUUAAAUGUACCAUAUGCUUUUUUCUAUUCCCGUGAAGAUCCCAUGUGUGAUGCAGACGUCAUCACAGAUAUGAUUGAAAAUUGGCGGGAAAGCCUGUCUAUCUCUGUGAUAGUAAGAUUUUGGAAUAAGUCUGUGCAUGCUGGCCACUUACGUCAUCAUCCAGAUGACUACAAACAAACAUUUCAUCAGUUUAUUGAAGUUUACUUUGACAGAUUGAACAAACAAAUCAAAAGAAUGGCAGAACUGAAAUCAAAACUGUGAUAUUUAUUAUCAACAGCAGUACUAAGUGCCUUGCAGGAUCAUUUUAAUACUACAUUUAAAAAUUCAA